AUGGGUGACGUCGAUGCCGAGAAACUCGCGGCCUUCUAUUCCGAACUGAGGGGAGAAGCAGCCCGCACUGGUGGUGUGCCGAUGACCGCGCGGCACAUGGACUCGCUCAUCCGGUUGGCAGAGGCCAAUGCUCGCAUUGAACUCCGGCAGCAUGUGACUUCAAAAGACAUUGACAAUGCAAUUGCAGUGAUGCUGGAGUCCUUCAUCCAGAGUCAAAAGCACCAGGUCGCAGAGGAGAUCCGUAAAAAGUUCCGGCGAUACCUAAACAGUGGACCACUGGGCGACCAAGUGUGUGCACUCUUGGAAAAGCUCUUCAAAAAGAAGGUGAUCCAGCUUCAGCUUAGCCGGCCGUCCAAGGAUGUGGAGCUGGCAGAAGUCUUCCUCGAGAUUUCGGAGGCUGUCCGUGCCCUUGAGCAGAACGGGCUCGCAGUGGAGGAUGUCAGCAGCCUCAUGGGCUCGCCACGCGUUCUGCAGAGCUUCCGCCUUGAGGGUGAGCCAGGAGAUAACGUGGCGAAAUUCAGGAACUUGCGGGACAACGCCCACACAGAGGACUGGGCUGGUUCCGGCAGAUUAUUGAACUUGGUGAUUGAAUCUACCCCCUUUGCGGAAGACAGAUGCUCAGAUGCCCCAGACGAGGCCGUAGUGUUUUCAAGCCUGACAGACGGAAGUCUACUUCUAAAGCUUGAUGCUAACGGCAAUGAGUGGGAGGUGUUUGCAGAGGAGCCCGUAUCCACGCUGCAGAAGUUUCGUCAGGUGGCUGUGAAAUUCCACAAGGUCAGGCACCAAGAGAAGCACAGCCUGUACUUGCGGGCUGUUCGAAAACUGGAGGAGUCCGGAUUUGCGGUGGCUUUUCUAUCCGGCCAGAACUAUGGAAAGUUGACCCACUUUGAAAGAGAUUUGCGUGACUACCACAUACCCGACGAGCUUCAGGUUGUGUACAUGCAGCUGCCAUCGCAAGGCUGCUCUCAAGAGCUAAAGUAUCGCGUGCCUGAUGAGAUCCCAGAUAUUGUGCCAGAGCAAACUGUUCUGGAAGAGCAACUUCCAAGUGCGUCAGGGCACGUGUGA